UUGGAAUUAGUUCUGAAAAGAGAAGAAAAAUCAGGUACCACAAUGCGUUCCGUCGUUGGUUCAUCCGAAGAAGGUCCAUCAAACGGGCAGAAAUUAGUGAUACCUGGUCGUGUCAAAGCAAAGAAACAGAUGGUCUCAAUCCCACGACUGCUACAUCAAAGAGAAAUUCGGGGACAGUCGACAACAAUGAGGAGUGUACGUGCUUGGAAUCGAUUGUGCCUUAUGAAAAUGCCGCAUACUCUCGAAAUCAACGAACACUGUUAUGACUUGUUGAGGGAUGCAGUUUUUCUGGGGAUGUCCAACGAUUCGAGCUAUGUGAUUGGUAUCUUAUACAGCUCUUCAUCAGAUCGAUAUAUUGGAGCCGAUGUGGAGAUGGUUUUAAUAGUGAUGCAACUGUCGCCCACUCAACUUAUUCCGGCAUUUGUUGGUGAUCUUCACUCGAAACGAAUGCACGAAGUUUUUGCGACAUUCCCGCAAGAUUCAUCGUUUAUCGCCGUUCUAAGUUUUACGGAAGAAAUCGCACGGCAUGGACUGUCCGGAAGUGAUCCAAUGACAACUUUAAUUGGUAUUGACUUCAUACUGUUCAAAUUUUCCAUUCAUCUGUCAAUGAGCACAUCCAUAGUGCUGUCGUCCAGAUGGAAGAAACGAUUGUGCAGAACAUUGUUACGUUGUUUUGAUAAAGGCGCCAUACUGAAUGCGGGUACAACGCUUGUCUGUAUUUUAUUCACAAAUUAUUAUUCACAUAAUCAAACUCAGACAACAACAACGCCUAUAACAACAACCACACAACGAGCACUGAGAAAAAGUUUUCAAAUUUUGGAAGGAGAAGAUAAUGUGGGUGAUCAUAACGAAUGGUCAGGCGUGGUGCUUCAAGAAAUACACAUAGCUGAUGCGUAUCCAAGCAGUAGCCCUCGAUAGUCUACAAUCCAGAAUCAUGGCAUGAAAGAGAAACUGAUCAUGACUGAAGUAAUCCUUGAUAUUGAGAAACUUAUCAUGCGUAUUACGCCAAUUGCUGUGAAAUGUCGUCUGCCUGGUUACUGCUAUGUUGGUAUCGUCGACUAUGAGGUUGAUGUUAUAAAUGUUAUCGAAGAAACAGUUUUUGUGAUGUUAACGUCGAUUAUUGAGGCGAAAGGACCCGGAGCGUCUGGUACAAAUCAGCCUUUUAUGGUCAUUGCUGAUAUCAAAUGGAAUCCUUAUAAUGGAGAAGUAAGGUCCUGUUCAUGGAGACCAUUCAUAGCAAUGAACUGGAAAAAAGCACAUCAGCCGAAUGCGUGGUAUCCGUUUUCUACUAAACAAACGACGAAUAUCGAAGAUCGAGUCAUCUCUAAUGAAGCAUUUCUUUCGGGUAUGAAUUAUGAUAAUGGUGGCGAUAAUUAUGAUAAAUAA